UUGUCGCCCAAGCGUAUAAAGUCGACGUAGAAGUAUUACCUGCAUCAAGAGGUUGUACAGCGAUAUUACGAUGUGUUAUACCGACAUUUGUUAAAGAACUAGUUCGAGUGGUUUCGUGGGUUCAAGAACCUGCAUUUUAUAUAUACCCAUCAUUACAAGGAGAUGGCAAAUUUCAUUUACUGCCUACGGGUGAACUUCUUAUACAUAAUUUGGAAUACAACGAUCGAUUUCCGUCAUAUCGAUGUCGUACUAUGCAUCGACUAACAAAACAAGUGGUAGCAAGCUCAUCUUCCAAAGUUAGAAUAAACG